AUGUCGCUGGUGUCGCACGAAACGCCGCCGCCCCCGCCGGAGGGGUACUCCGUCGUCACCGAGGGCAAGGCGCGCAUCUUACAGCGCGCGAACGAGGCGUUCUACAACAAAGCCCAGGUCGUGAACCGCGACCUGUCGCUCGCGGUGAUUCGGCAGUUCCAAAGGGCGCGAGCGACGGAGCACGAGACGGAGAAGCGAACGCCGAAGAACCGACGCAUGAAAGGGCUGAUGUGCGCGACGCCCAGGGACAGCGCGAUCCUGCCGUACCUCCUCACCGCGGACGAGAUCGAGGACAUGUACAAGAGCCAGCUCGAGCACGAGCGCGACGACGCGGAGAAGGCGGCGAAGGAGGGCGGCGGCGGGGGCGGCGGGGGCGACGGCGGUACAGCUGGCGGCGGCGGCGAGAAGAGAGAGGGCGAAGAAGACGCCGACGCGCCGCCGAAACAAAAGCCGCCCUUGAAGCCCAUCCGCGUUCUCGAGGGCAUGGCCGCGUCCGGGUUACGAGCGGUGCGGUACGCGCGCGAGCUCGAGGACCUCGGGUGCGUCGUCGCGAACGACUUGGACCCGCGGGCGAUCGCGUCCAUCGCUCGAAACGUCGAGUACAACGCGAAGUGCUCGGAGGACGCGGCAACGCGAAUGAAACGCAUCGUGUGCGCGUCCGGGGACGUCCGGAUGCUCAUGAUGCAACACGAGAAGAUGUUCGACGUCGUGGAUCUGGAUCCGUACGGGACGCCGUCGACGCUGCUCGAUGGCGCGGUGCAAACGGCCGCGGACGGGGCGUUACUAUGCGUCACUGCCACGGACAUGGCGGUGCUCUGCGGGAACAACGGCGAGGUGUGCUGGACGAAAUACGGCGCGUACCCGCACCGCGCGAAGUACUGCCACGAGCAAGCGGUGCGGAUUCUCCUCGCGUCCAUCGACGCCGCGGCGUCGCGGUAUAAGCGCCACAUCGUCCCGAUGAUAUCCGUCUCGAUCGACUUUUACGUCCGCGUCUUCGUUCGGAUCUACACCUCCGCGAAGGAGUGCAAGAUGGCGGCGUCCAAGGUGUCGUACGUGUACCAGUGCGUCGGAUGCGACACGUUCGCGCUGCAGCCCGUGGGGAAAUCUGUCACGAAGGGCGAAAGCACGAAGUUCCAGCCCGGGAGCGGCCCGUCCGUGCCGGAGAAGUGCCCGAACUGCGGCUGGCACUGGAACGUCGGCGGGCCGUUUUGGUCCGAGCCAACGCACGACAUGGGCUUCGUCGCGGACGUCAAGAAGCACGUGGAGGGCAACAAGGACAUGUACCCGGGGUACGAUAAGAUCCACGGGCUCUUGACGACCGUCGAGGAGGAGCUCCCGGACGUGCCGCUGCACUACGACAUUCACUCGAUGUCUAUGUGUCUGAAGGCGACGCCGCCGCCGAUGCCGUUGCUGCGAUCCGCGGUGAUAAACGCGGGCUACCGCGUCUCGAGCGCGCACAGCAACCCGCUCGCGAUCAAGACGGACGCCCCCGCGGAGGUCUUAUGGGACAUCCUGCGGUGCUGGAUCAAGGAGCACCCGGUGAAGGCGCAGCCGACGAAGACGCCCGGGUGCGUCAUUCUGUCGAAGGAGCCGACGACCGCGGCGAAUUGGACGCGCGUCGCCGGCGCGUUCACGAAGGCGCAGCGAGAGAAGGUGACGAGGUUCCCGCGGAACCCGGAGGAGAACUGGGGGCCGAAGCAACGCGCGGGGCGGCCGGAGGAGGGGAGGGUCGGGAGGCAAGGACACAAGAAGCGGCGGACGGGGUGAUCGAUGGACGCGUGCGACGCGAAGCGGCGGCGACGCGGGUGACUGUCAUCAAUGUAAUCCCUCGGAACUC